CGCAAUCCCCACAAGUGAAUCCGAGAUGAACGCAUUCCACGCAAUCACAUCCGUCGAAUGCCAAUGGAAGUCAUCGAAAGCGGCAUAAAGCGUAAUCGCACAUACCCCAGCCCAUCCGGCGCCGAGGACCCACCCCUCACGCCCACGAACGAGGUUAGGGAGACAUACGACGCCAAAGAGGAGGUACUCCACCGCCUCGUGCUCCAGGAAGAAGUAUUGCUUAAUCAUAUCCAAAUUCCUAUCAAACAGAAACACCGCGGGCGCACCCACGAAAGUCGCGGCGAACACCGUGACCAACCAGCGGAGGUCACACACUUUCUUUGGGUCGAAUCCGCGGAGAAGGAAGACGAGGCCGAAGAUGAUGGAGUGUUGAAAGAGACCGAGGGCGGUGAGGAGGAGGGUUUCGUUGUAGAGGGCCAUUGGGUUGGAGAUCAGGGCGGGGUUGUGGGUUGGUGGGAGGCCAUUGACGGGGCGGGUGUUGUUAAAAGCAGCCAUGACCAUCUCUGCGAUUGGAGCCAUUGAUCUUUCUCUUUCCUGCUCUUCCAAUUGCAAUUGACCUUGUAGCGACUCGAACUGAUGCUCUGGUGGGUAGUGAUCAAACCUCUCGACCGCGCCAGAUCAAGGCCUCGAGGCCUCUCUUCGGAACUUCGGCUAGAUCCACCGUUCCCCAAAGCAGCCAGACCUCUCACCUCCGAAUCGCUAUCCCACGCAUCGUACACUCCCCAGCCUAUCAGAUCAAUCGCAUGUCCACCUCAGUUCAUUUUUGCAGGUUGCAAUUGCAGCGCGGGUGACAUUCCUUUGGUCUGUGCAGAGAGGGGCGGGGGCCGCGCCGUCGGGAG